GAGUCGAGCGGUACGGUUGCGUCACACACAACUCGCGAUAGUCGCACAUUUCGUUAAUAAGCGCGUACAAUACAUCGGGAAUAAAGUUUUGUCUUUGAGAUAAAAAGGAUGAUUCACUUUGUCGAGGCUUGCAGUAUGGAAAAUUCGAGUGUUUUUAGUGUCUCGAGUGUCUGCUUUUGGUGGCGGUAGUGUUUAUGUUUUGUUUUCGAGGCUGAUCCAUUUUUAUCUCUCGCUUACCUGUCAAUGUUGUACGAGACACACGCAGCACGGCGGUUCCACUCGCGCAAAGUGUUUUUGUGUUCUCUCUCCAUGAAAUAUGAGUUCGAUGACGUCAUUCUGACGGCUCUUUUGCGUCUCGCGAUAUUUUCUGUUGAUUUCUCAUUAUUGUUUUGACAUGUGCCCCGUGCCGUAGAAAAGUUACGUUGGAUUAUUACAUCCGGAUUUACGAUUUACGACGAAGAGGAGUGUUUCUCUGCGAGCGUGACGUCAGUCUCCACGAAUUCACGGACCCGCCGGUCGCAGGUUCGUUGAUGCUUGAUGGCGCGCGCUGGUACGCAGCGUUGGAGGAAUCCUGCUCCAGAAGGUGACGAUGUUCAACGAUCGAUCGAACUGCUGGACAAGGUGCUCUCAGAGUACGACGAGCACGAGUCAGCAGACAACGAUUUUGGGUCCUUGGUCGUCGGUAGUGGAGGAGGAGACGACGGGAGCGGCGGUGGCGGCGGCGGGCUCGGGGGAGGAGGAUCCGGAGCCGGAGGAAACAACGUUAGCAAUAACGGGGUCGACGGAAUUUCACGAAGCCUCGUCGAAGCCCGCUCCGACGUCCUCGUUGAAGCGACUGACGCAGGCGAGGAUUGCGGGAGCAGUACCGAGCCUAGUAUCGGUCUUACGCCAGACGACGAAAGCCCUUCCUUAGGUACCGGUGGGCAUCAAUCCGAGGACGACGGUUACAUGAGUAUGAAUGGGCGCAAAGCGAAAAUGGCAUUGGUAGCAUUGCGUCCGGUACCCGAUUGUCCUGAGCCACUUCAAGAAACGACGUCAGGUCCGGUCGUCUCGUCGAGUCUUUUGCCAGUCACGACGCAAGAAUUUCCUCCACCCCCGGAGGAGGCUGAGCGUAUAAUUUCCACGCUUUUGCCCAUGGUAUCGCCGAACAACUCGUCCAAAAGGACGAGCGUCAAGAGUUCAUCCCUGAGACAGAGUGGAAGAAGAGAUCAGACUGGAGGAUCACGCUCGAAUGCGAAUUCCGUUCGAGACUCGGAGAACUCAGUCUCGUCUUCGUUGCAACAUCAGCGAGGAAUACACGAUCCGGCAACGAGCCAAACUACCCUCCCAAAGACCAGACAUCGUCGACCGUACGGAUGGUGGGAGAGAAGAGGAGAGAGCGUCGAAAGAAGCAGCGGUGGAAGCCAAACUGGCAGAAAUUCAAUCGAGAAAUUUUCCAGUCUCCCAUACGACGCCAGGGUCGUUUCCUACGAUUGGAUACCCGGUAUCGUCGCUAAUUCCGGACGCACAAAUACAACCAGAAGCGCCCCCAUCAAUAAUCACCGUUAUCUUCAACACAAUUCGUCCCAACAGCCACAACAACAGCAACAACAAAAUCAGAGGCUUUACAAUCACUCUCAACAUCACCAUCAUCACCACAACAAUCAUCAUAGUCAUUAUCAUCAGCAAUCGGAGAAACGUCGAGAAGCAAACUCCUCCAGACGACGACGGCGACGCUCUACCGAAGACAUCGAUCUCAAGUCGAGAAAUCAUAAUCGUAUCAACGACAGUCCCGAGACCGAUGAUAAACUCUCCUCGAAAGAUAACGACCUUAAUCCUGAUGACGAGCUCGACGACGACAGAGCCAGGAUUCCUAAUGAAAUGAGCAAAUCUAGCUCCGCCGAAGAAUGCGGCAGAAUGAUCGCGACCAGGGCCAUCGAAUCGCGCUCCGACCGCGUCAAUGGCGCAGAGUCCGAUUCCUCCGAGGCCAGAUUCUCCGAGAGAAGAAGAAAUUCCGUUUCCGGCAGAUCUUCCAUACCACGCUCAAGCUCCGUCAGCGUCGAACGAUUUUCCAUGAGGGCCAACUACGGCGGUGGUGAUUCAUCCGACUUCUCUCGCGCCAAUUCAACGUCCAACGAACGAUUCAAUUCCGACUUUUCCCUCGCCGUCGCUAGCGCCAGCUCCAAUGAUCGCGUCUCCGUACCAUCCUCCGAUCCUUUCUCACUCAGAAAUCUCGACUUUGUCUCCUUGUCCUUACUCGGCCAACGCGCCGACUCUAGCGAAAGAUUCUCCGAUGUUUAUUCCACGAGAAAUUCUGAUUUCUCGACUAGAAACUCAACCGAUUUCAGAACUCAGUCCGAAGAGGAAGAACGGUUCUCGGAUGACUCGCUCGAGGAAUUGCUGCCCGCACCCGGACCACCUAUCGCCAAAAGACACUCCAUCGCUUGGGAAGUUUCCCUCGAGGAAGAUCCACUCUACGCACCCGGUAGCACCAAAGUUGUCGGCAGAAGGCGACGAAGGAGCAGCGAUGUUUCCAGUGCUGGUUCGAUAUCGAAACUUCGUGACUUCGACGAUUGGCAAGAUCCCCGGCAAUCAACGACCGACGAUGAUCUCGUAUCGCCGUACUCGGAUUCAUCUACGAACGAUCUCGACCGUAUAAAUCCACGAGAUUUAUCGAAAAGUGGUACUUACGUGAUACGAAGGGGUAGAAAACGCGAGAGAAAGCCCCUCGUGCCAAAAAUCGUUUCACCCACGGAAACAAAAAGUCUGAGCUCGUUCGGUAGUCGGGAGCUUGAUCGUCGACUCACCGACGCAUGUGGCAAACGUUUCUCGACGACAUUCGACGAUAUAAAAAGUCUUUUGCGGGAAGGAAGAUUGGAAGGUCUCGACGAGCCACCGCCAGACUUCGUGCCCCCAGCGCCACCGAAUCUCGUUCGAGUUGUGCCACGUUCAGCCGUUGAUGAUGACGAUGACGAGGACGAGGAGGGAGACGAGGAAGCUGACGCCGAUGCGGAAGCCGAUAACGACGAGGACGACAUCGACCACGUCGAUUCGGGAAAUAGUCGACGACGCGUGAGUCAAAAGUCGGAACGUCGCGAUAAAGCGGAUGAUAAUGUUCUUCCACGACUGCCGCCUUCUCCCCUGGACGAACGUGAAGAAGAGGACGAAGAGGAAGAACACGAGGACGAGGAAGAAUCUGCCAAGAUUCGAGCAUUGGAAAAAUCCAGCGGACCUUGCAACGGUGCUCCUCCUGUAAAAGGAAGAAAUUCUGUAACGACCUCCAAAAGUCUCGACAUCAGUACUAAUUUCUCACGAGAUCGAGAAAUCGGUUUAAUCGGUGGAAAUGUCACGUCUGCUAUCUACACCGGUUCGCGUAGAUCAUCCAGAAAAUCCGUAGCAGCUGACAGAACCGAAGGCAAAAUUCCCGUCAACAUUUUAAUCGAGGAUCAAAUCGUGAAGAAGGCGCUCAAUGAAAAUCGCCGUCAACUCGAAAGAGUCAGCGAUGAGAUCAAAGAAAUUGAAAGCGUUAAGAAAAAUAGCGAGGCUUACAACGCCGACGAUAUAAACAAACGAACGAGAAAAACAAACGUCGACUCUCGAACAACUAACGACUUACUCAUCGCCUCAAAACGCAACAGUUACGAGGCUCCUGACACUUCCAACGAAAAUUCACGAAAGAGAAUCAACGAACGCAUUUCUCAAAAUCAACCGCUUUUACCGUCAACGUCCGUCAUCAAUUCCUCGUCGUUAAAUUCACGAGAUGCGGACAUUCGUGGUAACAAUAUGCAAAACUCGCUCGACUCGGAAACAUCGAAAACUAGCAGCAGCGGAUCCGAAUCCGCCGAUUUUGAUAGACCACCUCGACGAUCCACUACCAAUGGCUGUAAAUCCUCGAAAACGGAUAUUUUUUAUUCCUCUGAUCGUAAAAUAUCAAAACAUCAACUUCAGAAUGGCCAAAUAUUGGAAAAUCGUAAAAUCGAUCACAAGGAAAUUGAAAAUGUCAUUGAUGCUAUUCUCGAAGACUCGAAAAAUCCUGACUUUCAAGUGAGCGUGGAAGUUCUCGAAUUUCCGCCACUCCCGCCGUCGCCAGUAGAGGAAGCCGACGAGGAAAGCUCAGACGUUGGGAAUGGUCCGGUAUCGACACAAACUACGUCAACGAAGAUAAAGCCUAGACAAACGACGAGAACCAUGGAUGGUUACAGACCUCGUGUGCCGCCUCAUCGAGGCGGUUUGUCGAUAAUCGACGGCAAAGAUCACAGUCAGUCGUCCCUUGAUACAAGAUCCAUGGACGCUGGUUUCCCAAGAGGACGUAGAACUACUAACAUCGGUAGCAGCUCGAGAAGAGAGAUACCCGUAGAACGACGAACGUUACCAACCGAUUUGCCUGGACCAUCGAGACGACGAGCAAUGACAACGAAACGACAAUCGCCGUCGACUGACGGUACAGUCGAUUGUGGAACCGGCGGCUCUGCAACCGGAAGCGUUGCACCCGGUGGCAGUACCCUCGGCACUACUGUACUCGGCGUUGGAUGCCCCGGCUCUGGCAUGCAAACGUCCUGCUCGCUUCCAGAAACUCCUGUUUUUGCCAGGGGCAGUGACGUUCCGAGAACUCCACAGCACGCCGGUAAUCCCACACAACCACGUCGACAACCUGGAUGGUAUGCGCCGACCACCGCUACCACAGGUUACAGAAGAAACAAUCCGUGCAUGGAGCAGGCGAUAAUAGGGACGGAACUUUUGCGUUUGGCUGGAGGUCCAAACCGUGGAUGGUACCCAACGCGCAAGGGUGCGAAUCAACCGAGACCGGCGUCGAUCGAACAUCUAGAACGUUUGAACAGCGCUUACGAGUCGAGAUUGCCAGGUUCUUCAGGAGAUCAAAGAAAACCACUGACACUGCCGACCAACAUAACGCCCAACAAAUACUUCGGCCAAAGUAAGCACAGCUCUGCAUCCAGCACUCGCGAGGCGCUUCGGAGGGUCACUAGCUUGCUCAUCAAGAAAGGAGGCGGAAGCAAAGAGUCUACGGGCAAGUCUGGCAAGGAUAACGUCUCGCCAUCGGGACCUUAUCCCGGUGUCAGCGAGCCGAACGACGCACCAAAGAAAAAAGGUUUCUUCAAGAGCUUUUGGAAACGGUCGCGUCACUAUUCACUGGAGAAUCAAUAGCCCAGGUGCGUUCUGGUGAGCAGCCGGCAAUCUCAUAAUGCUGCAGAGAUCACUGGGCAACAGGAUGAACAAUCGCUCGGAAAUAAUCGGCAUGAUUAUCAACGUAACGAACCGGGAGGAGGAGACGGCGGCGUAGAGGGAGGAGGAAAACGAAGACGCCAGAUAACGACGACGAGCAACCACCUCGUAGUGAACAAUCCUUGUUGCUGCAUCGUACAGUGAUCUCUUUCUCUCUAGCUCUCUCCGUUUAAUUCGUCAGCCUUUCAAAUAAUAAGUUUAUCGAAUGCAAGUUGUAUACAUAAAUAAUUUGGUAGGCGUGUCGCGUCCAGCGAACGACCAUCAUUUCGAUAUCUCGUACGAUUAUUUAUUAUCGUAUUUUCACGAGAUCGAUUAAUUCCCAAAAAUCUCCAUCCCCCGAAUUCGGAAGGUUCGAUUCGUCAUUUUUCGCCUUUAAUUCCACGAGGCCUCGAUAAAAACCCAAACAAAACGAAACAACAGAGCAAAGGAAAGAAGCAGCCCAAAUUAUUGAAUACGAGUGCCCAACGAAUGCGAGUGUCGAACUGUGUAAGAGGCCAAUAACGAAGUGGAGCUUGCGCGGGCAUCGAUUUUUUGGAAGCGCGAUAUUAGGAGUGCUGGGUGAAUAGGCCUCGAGGAAGCCAUUGUGGAUCGAGUGUAGCGGCAUUGCGAGGAGAGAGAAAAGUGCAGUAAUUAGUUCGUAGCAAGGGAGAACGAGAGAGAGAGAGAGAGCGCGAGAGUGAGAGAAAGGGAAAAGCGUGCGUGUGUGCGUGUGUGUGUAGCACAGGUUGAAGGUGGCGUGGCCGUUCGCUCGGUCAAGCACGAGUAUUAACCCAAAGAAUUAGUAGUGCGACGCGUUACGUUUCGCCGACAGGAGGCCAGAGAGAAUAAAACAAAAGGAUGAAAAAACGCGACGAGUUAAGGGGCGCGCGAACCAAUCGUAAAUACAUCUCGAGUUUAUCACGAAUUUACGAGGUUACGACGAUCCUUUUCAUUGCGAUUAAGAAAGGAUUUACGAAAGAGAAAAACAAAUAUGCAACACGUCUGUUUCCCCCCCCUCGCCCCUCGUAUUAUUUAUAAAUUAUAACGAUCUAUGAUAAUAGUGAUUCUUCGAAUGAAUUUAAUAUAUGCAAUUUAACGAGAAAUAAACAAAAUAUAUAAUAAUAAUCAUCAUUAAUAAUAAUAAUAUUAAUAAACAAUAAUAAUUAUAUUGAAUAACAAUAAUAUUAAGUACAGUAAUGAUAAUAAUGAUGAUGAAAUAAUAAAUAUUAAUAAAUGCUAUAACGAUAAAUAAAGUGAAAUAACAAAUUCGUAAACGAAUAUUGCCCACAGAAUUAUUUAUAUUUUUUCAUCGAACACUGUUGUUUCUUAUUUUCGACUCUGUGCUUUUUUUUUUCUUCUUCAAUCGCCUUCGACUUCUCGAACGUGCUACGGUCUUGGUCAUAUACAAACAAACCGGAAUAAAUAUAAUCUCGUUGUUCGCGAAAUACGCUGAUUCCCAUAAUCGCGAGCACACUCGCAACGUGGCAAUGAAGCUCGAUAUUAUCGAUUUUUUUUCGUUGUUCUAUUUAGUCAGCAUCACGAUUUAAUGUGCACUGUCAGCGGGGAUCGAGUUUGAAAAAUUCACCGUGCGUUAUUUAACCACCAUUUUGUUCGAGGUUAACCUCACUUUUAUUGACUCCCCCCGCCCCAAAUCCGAAAAGUUUCGCGUUGGGAAUUAAAUUGAUGCUUGGCGUCGUAAGAAAUGCACAAAAGUUUCGCGACACAUGCGUUCCUCGAGACAAAUUGUUGCUGAAUUUAGUGCCGGCUGACGCAACCCUGACGAAACGAUACGAAUGUGUCGAAAAACCGUUGCUCUUGGCACACACACACACUCGAGGGUUAAAGGUGACGUUUCUCGUGAACGUUUUUUCCAUCAGGAUUUUCGUAUCGAAAACUUGGAAUCCAAUGCGUAAUAUUUAGGUAAAUGGAAUUUUCGAUCCCACGUUUUUUACGAAGAUAAAAAGAAACUUUUUUCACACGUUUCGUACGUACCUUUGAGAAGAAAUAGUUUAUCGAAUAAUUUUACAAAAUUGUGAAUCUUCUUAGACUUUCUCAACUGAUCAGGGUCGCCUGACACGCCUCCAACGUUUUGAGACGUUUAUCCGAUCUACUUUUUGUACCUAGCAUUGUUUGCCUACGAAAAAGCUCCCGAUGCGUUUUAUUCGUAAAAAUGAUUCUUCUACAUAGCCGCGGCCCGACGCCUACAGCACACAAAAUCGUAUUCGUUUAUUCUGUAUAGAUUAUAGAGAAAAGGAGGAUAAAAGCUGAUUCGAAGCCCAAUAAAGAAAACUGUCCUUUUAAAAUAUAGACGUUAAUAAACGAAGGUCUACAACACCGAAAACUAAUUAAAAAACAAUUUUCCCUCCUCCCAAAAGUCGUAAUCACCACUCAACGUCGUCGUACACACUCCAUUUUUCUCAAUCCCAAAUAUUAUUUUUACGAAAACAAAACGAAGCAAAACUACCGUUGCACCGUCACGAGCUUGGAGUGCACCUGCGAAACGGAGCGCGCGAGCGAUAAUUAAUUCCGUGCAAACGUGUACGCGAGGACCCUCGUCGUAUCGUGACGCACUUUCGACAUAAGUGGACAAAACUGAUUUCAUUCCGUCACUUGGCUCCAUAAUCGUAAAAUCACGAAAGGAAUAACGAGCUAAAAUAAAAACAAAGAGCCGCGGGACUGUGUUUAAUUAACUGAUUUUUCAAGCAAUCAAUUGAAUCUCGAUAACAGCGAACUUGGGAAUUCCGUGCAAAAAUAACUGAGAAGAAAAAUCCUGAUUAUUUUCGCGCUCGACACCAAGAGCGUUCCUGUUACUAAAACAAUGAAAAAAAUCCUGCACACUAACUUCCAGGCUCGGGAAACGUAGUAAUAGCAGCUAAGCACCGAACCACAUGCCUUAAUGAUACAAGAGUACACUUAUACCAUACACAUGUGUGUAUAUCCCCUUAUAUAUUUAUGUAUAUCGUUAUACAUAGUAUAGUUACGUAUAUAAAUAUGGAAAAACAACAAUAUGCAUAUAUAUAUACAUGUAUUAUAAAUACAGAACAAUAUACGCAGUAGAUAGGCGUAUAUGAAGACGAGAAUCCAUGCAGUAAGAGGACAAAUAUACAUGUGACAUUUCUGGCAAAGUUACGAAACUCUCCAUCUUUAACCUCUAAUUUCGAAGGAUUCCAAAGCGAAAAAAAACACGCUACAAGUUCAGUUCGAUGUUUCGUUGAAUAAAUUCAUUGCGAAAAUUGAUGCUGCGGUCACAUCCGACAGCUUAUUUAUUGUUAAUAUAUUCGUUUGUUACUCACUGAUCAAUUUCUAACUAUACUCGCGAAUAACGAAUAAGAAAUUUAACUGCUGAUUUGACUAGAAAUGCCUCAUAUAUGUAAAUAUAUGUUCAUCCCGAACGUCGGUGCGUUUUCAGCGUCAAAUAAUAUCUCAAGAUCGUAAUCAUUUUUGACUAAGUAUAUUAUUAUGUACAAUAUAAACGUGCUCAUUAAAAAAACGAACACAUCGCCUAAAACGUA